CUGCAUGCAUUUCAGAAGCUGCCGCUCUGAACCAAGUGGUAUUGAACAGAGGAACCUUAACAGCUUGGAAUAGAAGAUGGGGUUAGAAAUUCUGAAUAUACUAUCAAGCUUAAUAUACUAUCUCUGCAACUUGGGAAGCCCACGCCCACCAAAACAACUUCCUCCGUUGCUCCAUGUAGAACUUGUCAUGGAAAUAUUGUCAUGGCUUCCGGUGAAAUCUCUAGUGCGAUUCAGGUCUGUGUCCAAAUCAUGGAACUCUCUCAUCUCUGAUUCUCACUUUGUAAAACUGCACCUUCACCGUUCAACUUCUAGAAGUAAUGCAGAUUUUGCCCAUGCACGCUUCCUGACAACCGUACAUGUUUCUAGUCGAGCAUAUAUCUCAUCUCGCUCUGUAACUUCACUGUUGGAAAGUCAUCAUUCUGCAGAAAGACCAUAUUGUGUUUCCGAGUACAAUGUCGUCGGAGCAUGCAACGGGUUGGUUUGUUUGAGCUAUGGAUACGAAAACAGAAAUCGUUUCUUCCGACGGGUCUGUUUCUGGAACCCAGCUACGAGAUCAAUGUCUCAUGAUUCUCCACGUUUACAAACUCGUUCUCGACGUUCACGAAGCUAUAAUUAUUUUGGGUUUGGUUAUGAUUGUUCAAGUGACACCUACAAGGUGGUGAAUGUGCGAACCGAGGAGACAAUGGCGAACCUUUACAACAAGGGUGAUAAUCGUUGGUGGAGAAUUCAAGUCCCCCCUCUUCCCCGUUUGUAUUUGAUAGGACCUGCACAUUAUGUGAGUAACGCUGUUAAUUGGUUAGCAAUUCUUCCCAUAGAUUAUAUAUAUGGGAAGAAUGGUCCCGAAUUAAUGGAUAUUGAUGCGUACAAAAUUGUUUCAUUUGAUUUGGGGAAACAAAGUAAUGCACAAUUGUCACUGCCUUAUUGUCCUCGACGUAGAGACGAAGUCCCCGGUUUUCUGCCAGUUAUUGGGAUUUUGAGAGGUUACCUAUGUAUUUCUGAUAACAGCAGUAAAAGAGGUAAUGUUGUGGUUUGGCAAAUGAAGGAGUUUGGAGUACACCAAUCUUGGACUCAGUUGUUUAGCAUUAGUGCCUCUGAAAAAAUUAGUUGGUGGCCCUGUUUUGCAAUGUUCAUGUCUGAUAGUGGAGAUGCCUUGUUGUUGUCGGUUUCUACUCUAUCUCAAGGGGUUCUCUAUACCCUAAGAGAUAAUAAAUUACAAGGCACCAAAAUUGAUAAUGAGAUCGAUGAUUGCUAUGCUGAAAAUUACAUUGAAAGUUUGGUUUCACCUUGGUGAAAGUAAGUAUGUUUGACGCAUUUUAUUUAUUACCAUUAUACUUUAUUCUUAAUUCAUGUAUCCUUCUUAAAUCUUCAAUGAUAGAGAACUAUUGUUGAAUAUGUGAAUGCUUUUAGGUGUGCAUUAGGACUAAUUUGUUGGAUUUUUAAGGUUUAAGGAUUGAAUCAAUUUGUUCUUGCUUUAUAUUUUACUAGUGGAAUUAUCUGUGCACUUGAACAGGUUUUUGUGUAUAGUAGAAUUGAUCGUUAUGCAGAUGUGAAACUCCAGAUAUUCUAUAUGUAGUUGAGGGAUGCUUUUGGAAGGAUACUUAUGAGAUAUACAGGAUUUGUUUCUCUGAUUUCUUGUCAUGUCAAGGCGUAGAAUGUCAACAAGGGUCAUGUGAGGAGUUAAUACGAUGUGUUGCAGAACCAUUGCCUUCAUUUUGUUGUCAAAGAAUCAAUUAAAAGAACAGGAGGGUGGAAAGUGCUUAUCUAGCUAUUUUUUUGUACUGUUGAUCAAUUUAAGGUUGUUGAUACUUUGUUUAGAAGUAAUUCUCCCUUUGCCCAAUUGGAUAUCCUUUAAUUGGCCAAGUGAGGAAGAAGCUUUGACUUAUUUCUUUAUUGUUGAUCCUCUAGGAUAGGUAGAGAAUUUUGAGGUUGAUUAUGGCAUGUUUGAGAAUGGAGGUAGACUUCCAAGGUGAUUCACAACAAUAAUUAUUGUGUUACAC